AUGGAUCUGGACGCGUCGAGCUCAGGUGGAUGGCGCUUUGCCCAGUGCUUUGGCGACAAGGGAGACGUCGAGGACAUCACAGAAGGUCUGUCGCUUUCGCCCCCAUCCAUCUCCGCAGUCGGCUUAUCCGCUCGUCUGCCCGAUCCUCCAGCGGAUAUCAUCUCUACCGUCGAGUUCGACUCGACAGGAAACUACCUCGCGACUGGAGACAAGGGUGGCCGGGUCGUUCUCUUCGAGCGCAAUGAGAUGAAAAAAGGCUGCGAGUACAAGUUCUACACCGAGUUUCAAUCCCAUGAGCCCGAGUUCGACUAUCUAAAGUCCCUCGAGAUCGAAGAGAAGAUCAACAAGAUCAAGUGGUGCAAACGGCAGAACGCUGCGCACUUCUUGUUGUCCUCAAAUGAUAAAACGAUCAAACUAUGGAAGGUCUUCGAAAAGUCUUUGCGGGUAGUAUCGGAAUCCAAUCAUUUCGAUGGGCAACGACCUCUUCCUCCACCGACCUUGCCGCAAAACCUGAGAUUACCACGCAUGGCACAGCAAGACAACAUUAUUGCGGCUGUCCCGCGAAAGGUGUAUUCGAACGCGCACGCGUACCACAUACAUUCCAUAUCUGUCAACUCGGAUCAGGAAACAUAUCUGUCAGCAGACGACUUGCGGAUAAAUCUGUGGAAUCUCAACAUCAGUGACAGAAGUUUCAAUAUCGUCGAUAUCAAGCCGGUUAACAUGGAAGAGUUGACCGAGGUCAUUACUGCCUCUGAAUUCCAUCCAUCACACUGUAACGUCUUCAUGUAUUCGAGUUCGAAGGCAAACAUCAAGCUUGCAGACAUGCGCGAUUCGGCUCUCUGCGACCGGCAUGCUAAGAGCUUCGAGGAGGAAGAAGACCCAACAAACCGUUCAUUCUUCUCGGAGAUCAUAUCAUCGAUCUCAGAUGUCAAGUUCAGCCAUGAUGGCCGAUAUAUCCUUGCCCGCGAUUAUUUGUCACUCAAGAUUUGGGACGUCAAUAUGGAGUCCAAACCACUGAAGACUAUCUCGAUUCAUGAUCACUUACGCGGAAACUUGUGCGAUCUGUACGAAAACGAUUGCAUCUUCGAUAAAUUCGAGUGCACGUGGAGCGGAGACGACUCGCAUGUACUAACGGGUUCUUACGGCAAUUACUUCCGGAUAUACGACGUAGACACUAUGAACGACGUAGUUUUGCAAGCUGACAAGUCGGCUUUCAAGGCUAAGAAGAUGGGUGGCCCCUUGCCUGGUAACAAGAUCGGAGCCAAGAACGGUGCGCGCCCUAGUGGGUUGAGGGAGAGUAUGGCUCUGGCCAUGGAUACUGUCGAUUUCAACAAGAAGAUUCUGCACGCGAGCUGGCAUCCUAGAGAGAGCACCAUUGCGAUUGCUGCAACGAACAAUUUGUUCUUGUAUAGUGCUGCGUGA